GCCGGGUGCCACGCGUGGCCGAACACCGCUCCCAGGUGCCGCCGACGACGGACGUGUCGCCCAGACGUGCUGAGGACGUGCUGAGGACGUGCGCAGGACGUGCUAGAGACGUGGUAGAGACGUACAGGGACGUAGCGCGCGAGCGACUGUGGCUGCCGCCGGACAGUGUCGGAGCGGGGCGAGAGCGCAGCGCUCAGGUUGAUGACGGAUUUUCCACAAGCGUCUAAGCUGGCAACCCUGGCCCCCACCGUGCAGUCCGAGAACUCUCCGGGCGCCACGCUGUCGUCCAAUCAGGAGGACUUUUACAGCGACUACGACCAAUCACCGGCACCGACACAAAACCCCAUGAUCGUCAUGGAUAUGAACGCCUCUCAGCAGCAACAACAGCACCAUCAGCAGCAACAGCAUGAGCAACAGCAGCAGCAGCAGCAGCAGUUUAUGCAGAUGAGCGAGGAGUCUUCAAAGCGUAAACGUGAGGUUUCUCUGGAACAGAAGGCGCUGCGCUAA